CUCUCUCCUCAUGAGGCUGCUGGGCUCACAAUCCCGCGCACUGCUGUUCCAACGUGCCCUGAAACCCUCAUUCGGCCGCCCGUUCAGCGAUCGCCCUUUCCAGCCCGAGGAUCGCGUGCUGCUUCGCAACAAGAAUGACCGAACUGCUCCGCCCAUUUUGACGCGUCCCUUGCGACCUGGGAGACGCGUCGAGUCGCACCGAGGUGUGGUCUUGCACGACGAUAUCAUCGGCCGCCAGGUGAGAGAUGUCGUUCAGGCUCAGACGCCGCGAAGCUCUCGUGGCAAUGUCGGAGCUCAAUACCGUCUACACCACGUAACCUUGGACGACUAUUGCCGCCUCACCAGGCGACUCGUCACUCCCAUCUACCCUUCUGAUGCCAAUUUGAUUGUCAGUCUGCUGGAUCUGCACUCGCCGCACGAAGAUGAGCGUAUUGAGAUCCUCGAAGCCGGUACUGGCCACGGUGCGCUGACAAUGCACUUGAGCCGUGCCAUUCGUGGUACUGGAAACGCCUGCCUUCAUACCAUCGAAGUCUCGCCAAAAUUCUCAGCCCAUGCCCAGGAGGUGGUCAAGGGCUUUCGUGGCGGCAUCUAUGCCGAGAACGUGAACUUUCACGUAGGCGACGUCAGCGAAUGGGUGCGCAAAGAGCAAGAAUCGCGCCAGAGCGGUGGUGACCCUUUCCUUUCGCAUGCCUUUUUGGACUUGCCCAACGCAGACUCUCAUCUGCAAACCAUCGCUCAAGCAAUCAAGACGGAUGGAUCACUCAUCGUAUUCAACCCAAGUAUUACGCAGAUCAUACAAUGUGCCACAAAGGUCAAAGAGAACGGCAUUCAGCUCGAUCUCGAUACUGUGGUUGAACUCGGCUUGAAUGGGAGCAGUGGUGGACGCGAAUGGGACGUGCGGUUCGUGCGUCCUCGCGCCACGUUAAGAAAGGACCACGAGCAAGACCUACAAGAAGCUCAGCCUUCCGAUGAGGCUUCGCCUGGCGCCGUCGACGAGGAUCCGGUCGUAUCGACGAGCACACCCGUCGAAGAUGCUACAGACAUGCACAAGUGGUCUCUUGUAUGCAGACCGAAGGUAGGUGACCGCAUUACAGGCGGAGGUUUUCUCGGUGUUUGGCGAAAGCACCGUGAUAUGCGAGACCUGUAGCAAAGUCGUGGAUGGAAGUGAAUGGUCACCUGCCGCUCUCGUUAAAUUGUAGUGACACUGCAGUAAGACAUUCACUUCCGCAACAA